AUGGAUACACCGAUUAAAACCAAGCCCCAACGUAAACAAGCCCAUCAAAACACAUUUGCUUUCAAGCACAACCCCAAUUCUCAGCUUACUAAGAAGAUUGCAGCUAUUCCUAUUGUUAAUCUUUGCCGCAGAUGUACAGAUAAGAUAGUUUGGAAGAAACAGUAUCGUAAGUACAAGAUACAAAAUCAUCUUUCUAAAUGUACUAUCUGCUUAGAAAAGAGAAUCCCACUAGCCUAUAACAUUGUUUGUGAUCCCUGUGGUUCAGCUGCUAAUAUUUGUCGUAUGUGCCGCAUUCUACUUACUCCAUCCGACUCAGCUCCAGCAAGUACAACUCAACCCAAUACGACUCAACCCAAUACAACUCAAUCCAAUGCAACUAAAACCGGCCAAUAG